GUACAAUCGUUGAGAGAGCAGCUGUACGAUACGACAUGUAAAUUGGGUGAAACACGAAAUGAAAAUGAACGACUUCGGUAUUUAUUCAUGAGCAAUGACGCACGAGGUUUGUCUCAACUUCGUAAGAGUCUCACGGCUGCCGAGCAAGAUAUUAUCAAGAAACAACAAGAAAUGGAGACAUUACGGCAGCAACUUGUCACGCCAACUUCUGAGUUGAAUCCUUCGCAACAAUGUCCCGACGUGAUUCUCAAUCAGUUGAUCUCAUUAUUAAAGAUUCAAGUUGGUGCACUCUCGAAAUUUGUUCAUUUAUCGAUCAGUUCGAUAGAUUUGGGUCAAUUAAGACCGAUCACAGAUCAACUCAUUCGAAUGGUCACAAAUCUUGAUCAUUCAUUAUCGUUAUCCUCUCCAUCAACAACAUCUUCGUCGCCACCCAACAGUAGUAAUACCACCAACCCGCAAUUCGCUUCCAACGAUAUUCAACCGUUCAUCGAUACAAUGCAACAGCUUUCGGAUGCCUACGAACAGGUUCAUUUCAUUUAUUUUGAGGAUUUUCUGACGGUUCGUUUCUGUAUAAUCAGUGAUGUGUGUGUGUGCUUCGAGCUUGGAACGCUUCUAACAAGUCGACCUGCAAGUAUUGUUGAGACUGCCGAAAGUCAAACGAAUACGGUAAGAGACACUGUCCUAGUGGGGUUUUGGUCUGCGAGUAAAGAAGAAAACGAUAGUGACGAAAAGCAGGAAGCUAGGCGACCAUCGGCCAAAUCGGCAUCUUUCAGCGAUGAAGAUGUUGCUCAAAAGAGUCUUUCAGCAACUAUUGAUGAUAUUUGCAAGGUGUGUAGUACCAAGGUCGAAGCCAAUAUUACCAAUGAGUCAACAACUGAUCCCUCGUCACCUUUAGGUGUUCCCGAAUUUGAGGGUUCGAGCGAGAUGCUGCAAAACAAUGUUGCAAUCGGAACGUCAGCGCCAAAAACUGAUCAAAACACUUUCAAAGAGGGUGGAAAGCAUGAAGUUUCAGCUAAAGAGAUGAUCAAAAGUACUAAUAACUCAUUGCAUGCUACGCCAAGAAGACAGUUGAGCGAGAGUGUUAAAGGGGUUUUGACGAAGUGGAAACACGACAGUGAUUCCAUGUCACUGUUCAAUUCAAGCCACUUUCCACCAUCAGCGAAUUCAGAUGUCAUCGGAUCCGUGAGCACAAAAAAUAGCAAUCCUCAUGAUUCCUUGACUAGUCAUUCGAACAUUCACACCACAGCAAUUGAUUCGAAUCAGACAACCUCAAUGGCCGAAGCUGUCUCACAAGUUUCGUCACGUUUCUCGGCCUACUUGUCCGGGUGUGCCUCAACGUUGCAGCCAACAUUUGCUGUGUAUUCUGGUGGCAGUGCUGUCGGAGGGGCUGAUAUGAGAAACACUGUUGAAUCGUUGAUCAGUUUCAUUUGUGGUGAAUUUGUUUUGCGACAAGAGUUGGCGAAUUCUUUUGCGGGUCGUGUACGUGGUUUGGCACAACUUCGGAUGGCUGUAACGGCGCACGAAUUGCGUUGUUUGGAUGCACUGCAACGAUCGUUGAUGAACGCGUUCAAUAAGUAUUUGAUUGUGGACGAUGCGCUGCCACAGUUUCAUCAGCAAUUCAAAUUCACCUUCUUGGACGCACUCAAACAGGAUCUACGUGUCGAGUUGGAUUCGGCAAUAGAAAAGAUGAACACGGACGAAUCCUUGGAGACCAGUGCAAUUGAAGAGAAUUUGAUGCAAGUGCAUGAUAUGUUCAAACAUCCGGAAGAGGAACUGCACCAGUUGUCGUUGCACUGGUGUGCACCGUUGUUCGAUAUGAAACUGCAUCAGCAAGAGGCUGGCGCACAGCUGCAUGAGGCUCGUCAACGUUAUGCGUUGAGUCAGUUUCGAGGUGCUCUUCUGGAACGAUUGCACUAUCUGGCGGAACGAUUCCAGACGAAACGUGAUCAGUUGGCGUUUGCGCAUCGAAACGUUUUGCAGCGAGAAGUGGCCGCAUGUCGUAUUUGUGUGAUUUGGGAGACACUUCGCAAUAGUGCCACCGGGCAUGGACAAUUGAUGCGCGAAUUGUUGCGAUACGCCGAUCGUGAGGUGGACUACUCGAAAACGGUCAUUCUGAACGGUGAACAUGCCAACUGGAAUCACUAUUCACUGAUGGCACAAAUGCUUCUGAGUAUUGUUCGAGCACUGCAAAAACUUGUCAUUGAACGUUUUCGACACCUCAAACUUUCCACCACAUGCGGCCGAAACGUGGCCAAAUGCAGUGCCGCAGCACUGGAUUCGUCAGCGUUGUUGCUGCCAGAAACACAGGCGGCUCGUAAAGUGGCCAUUAGAAAAAUGGCUUAUUUUUGUGCACUUAUUCGAUGUUAUGCCCAAAACUCACAAAUGCACUUCAACGGGACGUCGAAGGAAGAAGAGGAAUUAACAUCGCAACGUGACAAUUUGAACGAUGAUGUGGAGGACUUGGAGAAUGUUAUUGAAGAAUUGCAGGCAUCGCAUGCGGACGAAAUCGAAUCGUUAAGAAUUCAGUAUGAGCAUCAAGUGAAGUCGCUUCGUGAACGAGUCGAAUUCGAGGAACAACGUCGGAAAAAAGCUCAGGAGGAAUUGCAAACUUUAAAUAAGAUGAAUGAUCAUUCGUUGGAAACCAUGAAGAAAACACAUGCGGAAUUGAUGGAGGAGCAGAAACGACAUUUUGAGGACGAGAUUGAUUUGCUGAAAAAAGAGCAUUGUGCUGAACUGGAGGAGGAGAAAGAAGCCACCAGGAUGGCCUUAGAUGCAGUCCAGCGAUCUCAUGAGGCUGAGCUGAAGAGUAUGACCGAAAAAUUGCGAAGUUUAGGCGCAACGAUGAGCACCUGCCAACCAACAACUUCAGGCAAUGAUUCUACUCGAUCCGAGGCACCAUCAACUAGACAGAGCAAGAUAUUAGAACAAAUGACAACUGAGUUGGCACAUUUAUCGGCGUUGUAUUCAGCGAAAUGCCUGGAGAAUUCUCAACUCGAUGAGAAGAUGUCAUUACUGCUCGCUGAUAAAGAGAAUCGAUCUUCGUCAACUGAUUUGGAAAUGCAAAAUCGCCGUCUGCAGCGUGAACUCAGGCAAAAGGAAGCCACAAUUGAGGAGUUACGCCAGAGGAUUACGCAGCUCGAGAGGAAACUAGCCGAAUUGGGUGUCGAUGGAAUGCGGAUCAACAGCUCACUCAAGCAGCAGNUGAUCAAUUCAGCGCCACCAGCCCCGUUAACACAAACCCCGUCACCACCCAACAACAACAACAGCUCCAAUCAAACGAUUCGAUUUAGGAGACAGCAGUAUUUGAAUUCGCAUAAAAUCGCAUCUCGUCGUAAUGAUAUUCGCUUCCACAGUAAUCCAGCAAUUCCAGUGAUGGAUGCAAUGCCGGAAUAUAUUGUCGACGAGAUGCGUAGGUCGUUAGCAGUGCCGGUUAGUGAACGUCGUAAAUUCUUUGAGACUAUUGCUGAGUAUAGCCAUCCAUUUUAAUUUUUCUUAUGUAUCAUGACAAUAAUAUAAUAAUAAAAUAUAAUAUUAAUAAUAAUGAUCAUACUAAUAAUAAUGAUAGUAAUAAUAAUAAUUGUAUUAACAAUGUAAUUGAUAACGAUGAAUGUAUAUAUGAAACAUUGUUGGUUUGACGAUCAGUUCUGUUGUUUGUGAUAA